GAGAGGUGGGGUGGUGCUGCUGCUCAGCCCAGCAGCACCGCGAGCCAGCAGCGCUAGCCAUCCAGAAGGCGGUGGUCACCCUGUGCCUUUUUAAAUCUCCAAAGAGCCUGAUCCGGAGCAGACUCCCCUCAUGCAUUGGAUUCGUUCCACUGGAUCCUUGGCCUUUGAGGAGGAGGAGGAGGAGGAGAAGGCGAGGAGGCUCCUCGAUCCUAUGCGGAUGUAAGGUCCCCGGGUGUGUGUUUUCUGAGCAGAGGCUGUGAAGUAGGCAGGGCUGGUUGUUUGGCUUGGUGUUUCGGGUUUGUGUGUGUGUUGCUGCUGCUGCCCACAGACAGUACUAGCGUGAGCAAGAGCCUCGGAUCGCGGCUCUGCCUCCUUUGCAAAGACUGAUCCAGGAUUAUGAUCUAGGUGAAGGGAAAAGUCUGUUGCCCACCCCAAGGGUUUAUUAUGCUCGGAUUUUGAUUGCAUUUUGGGGGGGUUUCUGCAAACACGGCCGUCCCCCCCUCCUUCCCUCCCUUCCUCCCUUGUUUUCCGUUAGAAACACAGGCACAUUGUAUGUAUUUACGGGGUGUCGCAAGAGCAAAGGCUAAAUAAUCAAAGGUAGCAGCAGCAACAAUAAGGGAGCCCCCACGUUGUGGUCCGUCCCCCCCCCCCCGCAGACCUGCUCUCCUAUUUAUUGGUGAGAUCUCCCUGCCUCCCUCCCUGUGCGUGUGAGUGUGUGUGUGAGUGAGUGAGUGUGCUUAAUCCCAGGAAAAGUGAAGCCAUCCAACCAUGGUGGUUUUUAAUGGCUUGCUGAAAAUCAAGAUCUGCGAGGCGGUGAAUCUGAAACCCACACCUUGGUCGCUGAGGCAUGCGGUGGGUCCCAGACCACAGACCUUUUUGCUGGACCCUUACAUCGCCCUCAACGUGGACGAUUCCAGGAUCGGGCAGACCUCGACCAAGCAAAAGACCAACAGCCCUGCCUGGAAUGAUGAGUUUGUCACUGACGUUUGCAAUGGCAGGAAGAUUGAGAUGGCUGUUUUCCAUGAUGCCCCUAUCGGGUACGAUGAUUUUGUGGCUAACUGCACUAUACAGUUUGAGGACUUGCUGCAGAAUGGGAGCCGCCACUUUGAGGACUGGAUUGACUUGGAGCCAGAAGGAAGAGUAUAUGUCAUCAUAGAUCUUUCAGGAUCAUCAGGUGAAGCACCCAAAGACAAUGAAGAACGUGUAUUCAGAGAGCGGAUGCGUCCCAGAAAGCGGCAGGGUGCUGUGCGACGCAGAGUUCAUCAAGUCAAUGGACACAAGUUUAUGGCCACCUACCUUAGGCAACCAACAUAUUGUUCGCACUGCCGAGACUUUAUAUGGGGUGUAAUAGGAAAACAGGGAUACCAAUGUCAAGUUUGCACUUGUGUAGUCCACAAGAGAUGCCAUGAGCUUAUAAUAACUAAGUGUGCUGGUUUAAAGAAACAGGAAACUCAUGACGAGCAAGUGGGCUCCCAGCGCUUCAGUGUCAACAUGCCUCACAAGUUCAGCAUUCAUAAUUACAAAGUGCCCACCUUCUGUGACCACUGUGGUUCAUUGCUCUGGGGUCUUUUGAGACAAGGUUUACAAUGCAAAGUUUGCAAGAUGAAUGUACAUAGACGCUGUGAAACAAACGUAGCACCAAACUGCGGAGUGGAUGCUAGAGGAAUAGCUAAAGUACUUGCAGAUCUUGGAGUCACUCCAGAUAAGAUCACUAAUAGUGGGCAACGAAGGAAAAAGGGAAAAGGCAACACCGAGAACUCUGGUCUUGGGCUAAUUGCAGGUGCAGAAUCUCAGCAGCCAGUUCCUGGAACCACACCUUCAGAAGAAGACAGGUCAAAGUCAGCACCAACCUCUCCGUGUGAUCAGGAAAUCAAAGAGCUUGAAAACAACAUUAGGAAAGCUUUGUCAUUUGACAAUCGAGGAGAAGAACACAGAGCGACAGCAACAACGUCAACAGACAAUCAGCUUAAUAAACCUGGGGAGAAUGGUGAAAACGGGGAAGUCAAACAAGUCCAGACCAAGCGAAUGGGCCUUGAAGAGUUCAACUUCAUUAAAGUAUUAGGGAAAGGCAGUUUUGGCAAGGUCAUGCUAGCUGAGCUAAAAGGUAAAGAUGAAGUAUAUGCGGUGAAAGUCUUAAAGAAAGAUGUCAUCCUUCAAGAUGAUGAUGUAGACUGUACAAUGACAGAAAAGAGAAUUCUGGCAUUAGCACGGAAACAUCCCUAUCUAACACAACUUUACUGCUGCUUCCAGACCAAGGACCGCCUCUUUUUCGUCAUGGAAUAUGUAAAUGGUGGAGAUCUAAUGUUUCAAAUUCAGCGCUCACGCAAAUUUGACGAGCCUCGAUCCCGCUUCUAUGCUGCAGAGGUCACAUCAGCACUCAUGUUUCUUCACCAGCAUGGCGUCAUCUACAGCUCCCAUGCAUCCUCUCCACCACCCCCAUUCCUCUCACUGGCACAGGGCUACCAGUUCAUGACAAAAAACCCAAAUAAGCGACUAGGCUGUGUGGCGUCGCAAAAUGGGGAGGACGCGAUUAAACAGCAUCCGUUCUUUAAGGAAAUUGACUGGGUUCUUCUAGAACAAAGGAAAAUCAAGCCACCCUUCAAACCUCGGAUUAAAACCAAAAGGGAUGUAAAUAACUUUGAUCAAGACUUUACACGAGAAGAGCCAGUAUUAACGCUAGUGGAUGAGACAAUUAUAAAGCAAAUCAAUCAAGAAGAAUUUAAAGGGUUCUCUUAUUUUGGAGAAGAGCUACUGCCAUAGUCAGCAGUGGGCUGCUAGAUGAAUGAUGCUGCAAGAAGUGGUCCUAAGAAGAUCCUCCAGUUACUGAGACUCACUAGAUCAAGAACUACUUCUCUUACCAUGAGCCCGUAUCCCGAUUUAAACUAUAUAUUUAUUAUUUUCCUUUAAUCUUCUGACCUGAAGGCACUCUUAAUUUCUGUCUCACAAACAAUGCAAAACAAUUUUGUAUCAGAAAUUGUAGAUGUAACACACUGCCGUGCUU